ACUUUAUUUUGCAUCUCAACCCUCCCCACCAAAAAAAAAAAAAACCUUGAGAUCUUAUCAUGAAGAAAGUGUUCUUCUUGGUGCUUCUUCAAGUGAUCGCUAUUUUAAUAUCGGCUGAUCAAGUUUGAAUUCUCCAUUAUUUCCUUAUAACUUCGAUUCAAGAAGGUAUUCCUGUAAUCCUAAUUUUCUUAGGAAACAAAAGGAGAAGAGAAAGUAAAAGAAAAUAACAGGGAAAAUCCUCUCUCUCUCUCCCUUUUUCUCUCUGAUUAUAUGUGUUUGUUGAUUUCGAAGGUGGCGAACCAGAGAGGCUCAGGCGAGUACUUCAGGUACCCUGCUAUUGCAGACAGUGGCGAUGAUGACCAAGAAGAGAGACACCCACAAAUUAUAACCUCAGAAUCGAUGUUAAAUCAGCCAGUUCAUGUCACACAAUCGCUAGCUGCGUUUCCUGGUCAUGGCAGUACGGGGGAGAUGUCUGCAAUGGUUUCAGCUCUUACUCGUGUGGUUUCCGGCCAAGGAGCUGGUGACUGGGGAUAUGGAACUGGUUUCGGCGGUGCAAUAACAUCUAGUUAUGGUGGUUUUGGUUCUCCAGCUGGUGUUUAUUCAUCAUCAUCUUCUUCUUCUUUAUCACCUCCUUUUUCUGCUUAUUCGUCUACUUCUGGUUCUGGUUCUGGUUUCUGGAUUGGACAAAAGAGAGGACGUGAAGAAGAAGGUGCAGUUCAGUUGAUUGAAUCUGAGCCAAGGGUUUAUAGAGGGUUUGGUGAUUUCACAAGUUCUCAUGGAGAUUCUUCUUCUUCUGGUGCAACUCUAACAGAAGAGCCAGCUGCUUCAAUUAUAGUUCCCACCGCCACCGCUCCCGCUGCACCACCGACAUCAUCAACUGAAACGGUAUCUUAUGAAGAAACCGGCGAGCGGAGAAGAAGAUACAGAGGAGUUAGACAAAGGCCGUGGGGUAAAUGGGCGGCUGAAAUACGUGAUCCGCAUAAAGCAGCAAGAGUCUGGCUUGGCACAUUCGAAACAGCGGAGGCCGCCGCCAGAGCUUACGACGAAGCUGCUUUAAGAUUUAGAGGAAAUAGAGCUAAACUAAACUUCCCUGAAAAUGUCAGAGUGUUGCCACCUCCAAUGCAAAAUGUUCCUAUUUCCCAAAUCCCCAUUGGUCUUCCACAGCCAUCUCAAUUACUGCCAUUAUCGUCUCAACCACCACAAGAGCCGCAGCAGCCGACGACACUUCCGCCACAAUUCUUUUUGUCUCAGGCUGAUACGAUGAGAGAUUACUGGGAGUACUCUCAGCUGUUACAGAGCACUGGUGACUUGCAUGGAUUUCAACCCUCGAGUUUGAUGGAGCAAAUGUUUUAUAAUCAGCAAUUGGCUUCUCUACAAUCAACUGUUUUGCCGUCGUCUUCUCGAUCUUCAUCGGCUUCAUUAUCUUCAUCCAUUUCAGCUCCUCCUUUUGCAACAUCUUCUUCAGGGUCAUUGUCAUCAUCUUCUUCAUCCUCUGCUUCAUUUCCUCUGAUUCUGGCUGGUCAACAAUUGGGUUAUUUCCGGCCCCCACGAAAUCAAAAUCCGCCCACUGGUUCUGAUUUGCCGGUGCCGCCAUGGUCAGAUUCUACUGACCACCCUUCCUCUACUGGUUAAAGUUGAUUCCACAUUUUUUUAGUUAUUAUUUUGUUCUUAUCUACUUUCGAAAUUUUAAAAUAUGUUUCAGUC